AUGGCAACCCUCUUCACCCUCCCCAUCGGGAACACCGGCUCCAUCACCGUCACAAACCCACCGGCACCAUCCUCAGAUCCAAGCUUCGACACUAAGAAAAUCUACGUCCUAACUUUCACCUCCCCGGCUGACAACCGCCUCACACCAACCUUCAUCGACGCCUUCCUCCUAGCUCUCGAUAUCAUCGAGCACCGCUACCCCAAGGGCGUCGUGGUCACGACGUCGGGGAUCCCAAAGUUCUACAGCAAUGGCCUUGACUUGGCCAUUUUGCAGGAGACGGAGGGGUUUUUAGAGAGACAUUUAUGGGUAUUGUUUAGGAGGUUGCUUACAUACCCCAUGCCCACAAUCGCGCUCCUAAAUGGACACGCAUUUGCCGGUGGGUUCAUGUUUGCUCAGUACCACGACUACCGUAUCAUGAACCCGCAAAAGGGCUUCCUGUGUAUAAACGAAAUUGAAUUCGGGGUCCCGCUGCAGAGUCCUAUGAUGCAUAUCUUCACUGAGAAGCUGACUCCCGUGACGUAUCGCGACCUGGUCCUAGAGGCGAAGAGGAUCGGUGGUCCGGAUGCGCUGAAGAGGGGUGUUGUUGAUGGGGUUGGUGGGUUGAAUGAGGCUGUGGAGUUUGCCAAGGAGCGGAAGUUGGAUGGGAAGGCCGCGACUGGGAUUUAUGGGAUUAUGAAGGAGGAGAUGUAUAGGAAGUUGCUUGACCUUUUGGACGACCAUGCGGGGAACUUGGAGUGGAGGAAUCGCGUUGAGGAUAGGAAAGAUGCCUUAGAGAAGGAGGGAGUUAAGAAGGUUGAGGCGUGGGAGAAGGGGAUCGGGAAGGCGAAGCUUUGA